UGCGGACCCUUCAGCUGCCAUGAAGCUUCGAAUAACCCUUUCCUCGAGCGGCGUGCUCUCGGUGACUACUUCUCCCGUGGCACCAUUCCAUCGGGACCCAACAUUGGGGGGCCCCUCUUACAAACUAGAGAUUGACUCGCAACCGACGCCGUCUUCUAUAUUCACAAAAACGAAAACAACUCAGCGCUCUGUCUAUGAUGCCGCUCGCCAGAGGGCAGGCAUCUUGCCCGGAGACUUGAAGGAGGUACUGCUCUACAACGAAAACGGGGAAAUGACAGAGGCGUCUAUAUCGAACGUCGCUUUCUUCCGCGAGUCCUAUUGGGUCACGCCGCCAUCAUCCACAGGAUGCCUACCGGGUGUACUGCGCGCAUGGCUUCUAGAGCAAGGGAGGAUUCGCGAGGCUACCUCUCGUAUCAAGAAGGACGAUGUCCGGGAAGGGGAGUGGGUAAUGCUCACAAACGGGGUCCAUGGGUGUCGCUUUGGAAAGGUAGUUGGAGCGUAGGAGUUUCCAGACUGCAUCGUCCGUAUGGAUUGCGGGUGCUCGUCGUA